AGGUGCGUGCGCAUCACCAAUGGCCGAAAAUGGCAGACAGCUCCAAGAGAGAUAAAAUCGCCGCUGCCAAAAAGAGGCUGAAACAAUUUCAACAGAAGUCUGGCCGAACCCCCACCACCUCGCCAGCCGGUCCCCAGUCCAACAAAACAAACAAAGAUAAGACACCAAACAAGGACAACAUCUCCACUAAUCUGUCUCCAGAACAGAGCAAGGUGCCCGAGACAAACAGUGAAACUAACGACAACCCCUCCCCCAAGUCAGCCGUUGAUUCCAGACAAUGUCAAGAGCAGCCCAAACAUGGCCACUCCGUGUUGUUUGGCUCCACUACCAGAACAACCUCCUCCACUGAGAGUCUACAGCAGCUCUCUAGACAGAUCAAUGGACUUCUAGCAGAGACGUCCGACUUUGUCAAUGGUGACGAGAUGGAAACUACAAAUGGUUCAAGUGUUGCAGAGCUUGAGAAGCGGAAUCGUGAACUUGCAGCUCUCCUGGAGAAAUACUCAUCAAGUAAUGAACAGCUGACAACUCAGAUUGAACAAGUUAGAAGUCAUGCAAAGAAUCUGCAGGAGCAGCUGGAUCAGGAACGAGAUGGUUUUGAUGAUAAACACAAGAAAGAUGUUGGGUCUCUCAGGGAACAACUUCAGGUACACAUACAGACAAUCGGGAUACUUGUUGCGGAGAAGACGGAGCUUCAGUCGCAAGUCAGCCAGUCACAGCGAAUUGCGGAGCAGAGAUUAGAUGAGAUUGAGGAGUUGAGUGGUCGUCUGAAAGCUUCUCGUCAGAGAGUGGGUGACCUUGAGAGAAAUGUAUCAUCAGUGUCUUCGUCUAGUCAACAAUAUGAAAAGACUCUGGAAGAGGCUAAUAGAGAGUCUUCAAAGGAAAUUGAUAGAUUGAAAAUGGAUCUAUAUAAGGCAAAUAAAUCCAAAGAAGAAUUUCAACAGCAGAGUUCUGAACUCUCGGAGAAACUCAGUGCAAAGGUUGGAGAAUAUUCAAGCCUUGAACAAACUGUUGCAGAGUUGAGGAAACGACUAGAAAUGGCCGAGCUCUAUGCACAACAGCUUUCAAAUGAAAGUGAAACUUCCAGUGGGUCGGUGAAAGUGGUGGAGCAGUUGCAGGUCGAGAGGGACACAUUGAUAGCCAAAAUCCACCAGUAUGACGAAUCGUUCCAUAAAGUGGCGGCUGAGCGGGACCAGAUAUCAGAGCAGUACAGGCAGUACACGGAACAGCUGCAGCGACAGAGCCAGGAGCUCUCACAACAGGUGUCCACCAUGGUGGAGGAGCGGGAACAGCUGCUGGCCAGACAACAUCACCUGGAAUCAUCUGCACUGGAGCUGCAGAGGAAGCUGGAGGAGGCAGUGGUGGCUGAGCGUCCGGUGCAGGAGAGUGUGUCAGCUGAUGUACCAGAGGAGCUGGAGAGGUUGAGAUCCGAGUACCAGGAGCUGACGGAUAGACAUGAGGCGCAGGUCAGGGACAACGCUCAGCUCAGUAGGUUUCUGGAGGAGAAGGAGGACCGGAUCUCAGAGCUGGAGUCGACAGUUAACACCCUUGGGGAGGAGGCUGGGGACAAGGCUCAACUCCUGGAGAACAUACAGAGUGACAAGACAGCUCUUAGUCGCGCGCUGACUCAGAACAAAGACCUCAAGCAACAGCUGGCUGAACUGCAGAGUGGCUUCGUCAAACUGAGCAACGAGAACAUGGAGAUGAUGACCAAGCUACAGGGAGAGGAACACUCUGGCAACGAACUUGCUCAGCGGCUGGCCCAGCAGGAGGAUGAGAUUAAGGACCUCAGAGAAUCGGUGAGCAGCAAGGACCGUGAGUUGUCUGAGCUGCAGAAGGUGGUGUCCAUCUCCCAGAGGGAGGAGUACCAGCAGGACCAGAUCCAGGACAGGCUGCGGCACUACGAGGCCCAGGCACAGCUGGUCGACACCCUGCAGAACGAACUCACGUCCGCACAGCGCCUGAAAGAGGAACGUUUGGACAUGAUGGAUGCCUUGACAACACAGAACCGUGAACUCCGUGCCAUGCUCAUCAAGGCCACUGAGGUCAAGGCCAACUCUGAACAUUCCAUUGAUGACCCAGAAAAUGAAUCCAAGAGAGACAGUCUGAUGGGGUCUCUACAGUCAACCAUCCACCAACUGGAGAGUGAGCGAAGUCAGCUUGUGGAUAACCUCCGAGAACAGAGGGACCUUCCGGACAGCCUCGGGAUCAAGGUCGCCGAUCUACAGGAGGAGAUUCUUAGGAAAACUCAAAUGAAUUUUGAAAACGACAUCAUCACAAGAGCAGAUUAUGACCAGUUGAAGACAGCUCUGGAGAUGAUUCAGGAUAAGUAUUCUCGUGUGAUGAGAGACAAGGCGGAGUUGACGGACAAGGCAGACAUGUUGGAGCACAUGGUGACUCAGCUACAAGGGGAGACGGACACUAUAGGCGAAUACAUCUCCCUGUACCACCACCAGAGGGCACUGCUCCAGCAGCGGGAACAUCAAAAGAAUGAUUACAUCACCCAGCUGGCCAGGGACAGAGAGGAGAUGCAGGGUAAGCUCGGCCAGCUCCAGGCCUUGGUGAUGCAGCUUCUGGGGGAGAGGAACAUGCUGCACAGCUACACCGAGGAGGCCUCGCGACCCGCCGACAACUCCGACCUCGAGCAGCAUCUCAACUCCUCCAUUUCACACAAACAGGGCCACAAACAUCACCAUCAUCAUAGGAGUGCGAUGACGAAUGGCGUCGACAAUAACUAUGAGUGGCCCGACUACACAAGUUCAGAGAGCGACAGUGAGAGUGAAGUGGAACCCAUAGUGGGUGGAACCCAUGACACCGACUCGGUCACACCCACUGAAGAAAUCAACCAACCAAUGUUAACUGAUACUCCAUCCCCCGACCAAUCACUAUCCGCAGAGAACACAGACAUGAAUAUUCAUGAGGAACAUCAUGCACAUGUCACCAAACAUAUGCAUCGAACUCUUCCUGAGGAGGACCAAACCGCACACCGAAUUCUUCAUUUACUGUCAGAAAUCGGCCAUUCCAAUUUGGUGGAGAAGGCGCCUUUCACGGAAAGGAACUUCCUACCAUGCAAGUUCUGCCAAGGGCCAAUCCAUAUUGUUUAACAGAUGUACAAUCUAUGUAGAUAUGUACAUAAACUGAAUGAUAUUGUAUAGACACGACGACUGGGUUGGGGUAUGCUGGAAACCCACGCCACUAAACUACCUGCUUUGUUUGUGAGGAGCAGACUCAAUAACCAUGCCUUGACUAACAAACUGACCAUCUCAGCGUUGUCCGAGUGUCGGACCAGACUACAGGAAUCUCUGGGAAUGGUCUGAGGAGCAGCAUGUGAAUGUGUGUGGUGGUGAUCUUCCGGAUUUAGGAUGGACUGAGUAUUAGAAGUCUUGUUAUUAAAUCUGAAUAAUCGUGUGUAAUAUACUGCAAUACAACAUGUUGUAAAUAUGUUACUACUAGGAGUGUCUGUUUAAAAACAGAAUGUACUGAUGCAGACUUUUAGCUCAGUGAAGAUGUUUGACGGAUGACUUGCGAGUAAAGUUACAGUUUUGCCCUGGUUGCCUCUGUCCGUGACCCUGCUUGGAGUGACAUCAUUCUGAAGUAUGAUCCUCUGACUGCCCUGUUCUCUCGUCCUUGUCAAGUUAGGGACACAAUUAUAUGUCAUAAAAUAUUGGGUGUGUCAUAGAUUUGCUUGGGAGGGCUCAUGGCUUAAAAUGUAAUUGCUUUGAAGUUGUUAUUGUCCUUGAACUGUCCAUUUUAGACAAGAAGUUGUUAUUUUGAAGGAUACUUUUAGGCCACAAAUACAAAUCAUUUCGACAGACUUCUGUAUCAGGUGUCAGUUGAUUUUACAUCUUCAGAUAGCUAUGAAUGAGACACUUCUUCCAAAAAUCAUAACUUAUUAUUGUUUUCUUAACUCGAUCUUCACAGAAUGAUUCUCAGUGUAGAUGCAACGUCUAGAAAUCAAAUACCUACUUUCUCAUUUGGAAGAACUUGAACAUUUUGUCCUAUGAUGGAUGUAUUCAGAAGCUGUUGUCCAUGUAUCUCCACAGUACUUGGUGGUCAGGGUUGCAAGCAAUUAUGUCAUUGUUCAUCUACCAUCUAGUUACAGUGUAACCUGUGCACCUUGUACAUUCUUCAUGUGCUGUCAUGAACAAGAAGGGGAUGUUGUUGCUGUCAUUCAAAGAGAUCCGGGGUAGAAUAGGUCUCCAGCAACCCAUGCUUGCCACAAAAGGCGACUAUGCUUGUCGUAAGAGGCGACUAACGGGAUCGGGUGGUCAGGCU